GGCGGACCCCGCGCGGGCUGCGGAGCCUCGGCAUCAUGUUCGCCGGCUUGCAAGAGCUCGGGGUGGCCAACGGGGAGGACUUGAAGGAGACGCUGACCAAUUGCAUGGAGCCCCUGAAGGCCAUCGAGCAGUUCCAGACAGAAAAUGGGAUCCUGUUGCCCUCUCUUCAAUCCGCCCUCCCUUUCCUGGACCUCCAUGGCACCCCCAGGCUGGAGUUCCACCAGUCGGUGUUUGAUGAGCUGCGUGAGAAGCUCCUGGAGAGGGUCUCGGCUAUCGCCUCUGAAGGAAAGGCCGAAGAAAGGUACAAAAAGCUGGAAGAUCUCCUGGAGAAGAGCUUCCCUCUGGUAAAAAUGCCGUCCAUCCAGCCGGUGGUGAUGUGCGUCAUGAAACAUCUGCCCAAG